ACCUGUCUAUCCCUCAGUCUGUCUUUUUGUGAUGUCAAGUACUAAGGGCAUUGCGAGGAUUCUUGACCACUCAGUCUUCAGUUCUAUGCUUAUGACACCAACACUGCAGUUCCAUCUGUUUUAAGAAGUUCUGUUACAUCCUUGGUCCUUUCCAUGGCUCCUUCCCCACAAUCCUCCUCAAAUGUCCCAGCCAGGAGUCUGACUCUUUCCCAAUACGGAUCCCUUAACAAAGCAAACAGCCUCGUCCAAUUCUCAAACCACUCUCCCUUCCCCAGAGUCUUCAAGAAUCUCUCUUUAACCACUACCUCCACUUCCCUCAACCUACCAUUCAAUACACAAUCUUCCAGCACCGGCAGUAAAGUCUUGCAAAAGAAGUCCUUCGUGCCCCAUCGUAACACCACUAUCCUCAGCGCAUGGAUCUGGCGUCUAUUAUCGAGGAAUGAAGGACACAGAAAGUAUGACCACUCGUCGUUGCGCCGCCGUAUUGUUAGAGAGAAGGUGUUGCAGGUGAAGUAGAUGGGUCGAAGUUCGUGGUACAGUUGUGUGUUGGCUAGUAGCAAAUUAUGCGGGAAAGUUGGGUGGAUUGGUUCGGAGAAAGGAGAGGAGAUUGAGGACAGUGAGACGUAGGGUUUUGGUGAGGUGCAGAGUAGUAUGUAGAUUUUGGUGCGAAUUUCUGGGGGAAGAUCGAGGAUUCGGAAAGGUUUGGACAUGGUGUAAAUUUGAGAGUAUUCUUAGAUAACUCAUGGAUACAGAGCCCUGGAAUGAGCUCAGAUACUACAAUACAUAGAAAGCGGCGUAGAUCGAAGGUAUGUAAUGAGCAUCGAACUGUCGUCGCCACAAGCUUGAUGCGAAAGAAG